UUAUACUUUGGAAUUGGUUAUAGUAUCAAUUGAAUUUAGUCUCUACUCACACUUAAGCUGCAAGUAAUUUAUUGUGACAAUACCGCAAAACGUUCGAAUUCGUUCUAGAAGUCGGGUCGCCAAUAGAUCUCUACAUUUGUAUUUAGCCUCAUAUACCCUUCUACCGGCGCGUCUCAUUUCAUCCUAUUCUCUUGAGGCUCUUAUCUCGUUCCUAGUCAUUUCUCAUUUCCCUUCCCACCUUAUUCUUCAUCGAAACCGAAAAUAUGUUAGCGGAUCCCUCAAUAUCGGUUCUUGGACCGGACCCGACGCACCGGAACUGCAUCCUGAAUGGAAAUGCAUUCCAACAGGAUGCCAUCCAAUCGUUCAAUGGAUGGCAGUACGCGUGCUUUUACAGCUCCCUGUCAGUGGGUGGUGCUAAAGAACCACUAUAUAUCCACCUCUCGCGUAGAAAGUUGUCUGAGGGGAGCUGGGAGACAUUCGCCUUUGAAGACUAUCCCCAAACGACAGAUGAUGGUCACAACACAAUUCAGAUUGGAGUCUGUCCUGGCGACGGAACUAUCCAUCUUUCCUAUGAUCACCACUGCGACGUAAUACGAUACCGUCAUUCCCAACCCGGCAUCGCGCAAUCCCCAGAGUCUUUCUCGUGGUCUGCAUCACUCUUCACACCACAUUUAUCCCGUUUACCAGGAUUAGGUGAAGAGCACGACCAAUUACUCAGCUACGUCACAUACCCGCGCUUCGUACAACUAGAUUCGGACCUCCUUUUCACGUUUCGCACUGGCAAGGCUGGCUUGGGUGACGACCAUGUGGCUACAUACGGUCGGCGAGAAGACGGAUCAUACGGUUACACCGCACCAGGAACGAAUCUCAAGGGUGUCGAUAAUAAUCCGUAUAUUCAUGGAUUAGAUUUUAAAGCAGGGCGCUUGCAUGCAACUUGGGUGUAUAGAGGCUUCGUGCACUACGAGGGGUGGGAUGAUCCCCUUGAUACCAAGCACAAGCAGCAGCGCGGACCCAAUUCCGGGGAGAAUAAUCAUGAUAUCUGUUAUGCGUACUCGGACGAUGGCGGCCGUGUAUGGCAUAAUGGUGCGGGUGAACCGAUUGCGGAUUUAGCGAAGGGCGAAAGCGUUAGGCCUGAUUCACCGGGAAUCAUGGCAUUUAAGAUCCCUAAGAGCUCUGGUCUUUCUAACCAAGAGUCGCAAGCUGUUGAUCAUGAUGGCGGGGUUCAUGUACUAAAUCGGGAUGCUGUUGAUGGUGAGCAGAAAUGGAAGCACUAUUGUCGAUCCCCUAAAGGUACCUGGACACAACACGCCCUUCCGCACGUCAAAGGCAUAUAUGGUGGUAAGCGUGGGCGAUUAGCCGUGAGCAAGGACGAUGAUCUAUAUCUCAUUUUACCGGAUCCUUCAUCACCUACUUUAACUAUCUUGAAAGCGUCAAAGGAAACCAAUUACUCGCAGUAUGAGCUCGUAUGGCAGCGAGAUGGGUUCCCGCCCACGGAGCCACUCGUUGACACUACAAGGCUCGAUUAUGACAAUGUACUGUCGGUAUUUACACGAGCCAGUAACGGCGCGGACUUGGAUUUAAGUGUGCGUGUUGAUGUUGUUGUUCUCGAUUUCAAAUUAUAAGGAGGCACAUGGGGGAGCACCAAAAGGGGCGAACUCUCUACGAAAUAUAGGUCAAUAUCCCCGAAAAGCAGUAUCAGGUAGCAUGCACCAGCCAAUAUACGAGUCAUUGGUUUAUCCGCUAUUCAAAGGGAAAUUAUAUUGUCAGAGUACCUAUGCAGUAUUCAUAUCGUAGUGGCUUUACCGCUGUCUAUGAUUUUGUGCGACUAUGACCGUGUGAGGCACGACUCCCCAGUCUUGAAAGAUCCCAUAGCGAAGCAAUUAAAUACUUUCCAGUGAUUAUAGAAGAACUCAAGCGUUAUAUCACUUAGAAUUGAGGGCGCAUAUGAAGUUACUUAAUAUCGGCACCUUUGUAUAAUGGGGAUGAUCGCAGAGUACCUGCCUGGGUGGGCAAAAAUGCUAUGAAAAAAGCACGGAAUUCAAAACAAGCCACGAAAUCUACUUGGCAAACACCAUAAUAUACUUAAUCAAUAUGUAAUAGCUUAAUAUAUUUAAUGC